UGAGUCCUAGACCCCAUGGGGUAGCCCUGGGUCAGUAGGUGUGAGCCUGACCCUCCGCUUCAGGUGGUUUCUGCUGUCUGUGGCCUCAAUUCAUGCUCUGCCUAGGCCUGGACAUUCUGUCCCUUGUGCCCAUCAGGUGCACAGAGGAUGCAUCAAACUGUGGAAUCCCUGGGAGCUCACUGUGGCAUCCUACCCAGCCCCCUCCCCUUCUCUGGGUUGGGUGGUUAGGAGGGCAGAGUCUGACCUUCCUAGAUGGAGGAAGUAAGGUCACUUGGAAGCACAUUGACAAGUCCUUCAGGCCUUUGAAGGAGAACACUGCUCUAUCUUCCAUUAACACAACUUCUUCCUAUGACCGUCAGCCCCCUGGACAGUGCUUGAAGUGACCACAGGCAUGGCUUCCUUCUUGGGGACUUGUAGAGUUCUUGACAUUGAAGGGUAAAAUUCCUCUCAGGUGCCCCCAGGAACAGUAUGCUUUGACUGAGAUUUCUCAGGCCCUGCUCUGCCAAGGGCAGAGCAGCAUACGCGUGGAGGAGGAGAGAGACCUUUGCGUGGGCACACACCAGGGCCUGGCCCACAUGGGCUCUGUCUUUGUCCAGCCUGGCCAGCGUGACCGGGCUGCUGGACAAUGUCAAGGUCACCACUGAGGAACAGCCAGCCUUCCUGGCAGAGUGAGCUCCCGGCUGACAUACAGCCACUCCCUGAGGAGAGCCUGACCUGCGUGGAGUGGACAGCGAGAGCUGGCGGUCUCCAGAUGAGCCUCUGAGCCACGCUGGCCUUUGCCCCUUACCUGUUUGCUCUGGCCCUUGGCCGAGGGGCCAUCAGGGAACCUGCUCCAGGCACAGAUCGCCUGGCAACUUCCUAGAAGCUGCUCUCUGUGUGGGGGAGGAGAAGAGAGGACAGCAAGCAUCCAAGCUCGGACUUCUUGCUUCUGGGGAUGUGGAUGACACUCUGGUCAUGGUAGUCACUCAGCUGAACCUGGAGUUUCGCUUUCAGGGCAAGAAGCUGCGAGGCUUCAGCUUCUUAUCUCUACAGAUAACAUUGGAAAUACGGCAGCUCCAGAACUGGUUACUUCCCUGGAUGAACACCCCCAUGCCUAUGGCAGCCAGCCACCAGCAAGGAAGAUGGGACCACCGUAAGUCUGGACUCAUGGCUAUGUGGAGAAGUAAUGAAAAGUGUGCAGUGGAAGGUUGGUUCCAGAGAACAAUCUGGUUGCAUGUUAAACAGCACUGGCCGGUGUUUGUGGAGGUUAAAGAUCUUUUGACAUUGGUUCCACCCUUAGUGGGCCUGAAGGGGAACCUGGAAAUGACACUGGCAUCGCGGCUCUCCACGGCUGCCAACACUGGACAAAUUGAUGACCCUCAGGAGAAACACAGAGUCAUCAGCAGCAACCUUGCUCUCAUUCAGGUGCAGGCCACUGUUGUGGGGCUUCUGGCUGCAGUGGCUGCCCUGCUGCUGGGUGCCAUGUCUAGAGAGGGGUUGGACUUGGCCAAGGUGACAUUGUUGUGUGCCAGCAGCAUCCUUACUGCCUUCCUCGCAGCCUUUGCCCUAGGAAUGCUGAUGGUCUGUAUUGUGGUUGGUGCCCGAAAACUGGGGGUCAACCCAGACAACAUUGCCACACCCAUUGCAGCCAGCCUGGGAGACCUCAUCACACUGUCCAUUCUAGCUUUGGUUAGCAGCUUCUUCUAUAGACACAAAGACACCUGGUAUCUGACCCCACUGGUCUGCGUUGGCUUCAUGGCUCUGAUCCCCCUGUGGGUCCUCAUCGCCAAGCAGAACCCCCCAAUCAUGAAGAUCCUAAAGUUCGGGUGGUUUCCAAUCAUCCUUGCCAUGGUUAUUAGCAGUUUUGGAGGGCUCAUCCUGAGCAAAACCAUUUCUAAGCCCCAGUACAAAGGCAUGGCCAUAUUUACUCCUGUCUUAUGUGGUGUUGGUGGUAACCUGGUGGCCAUUCAGACCAGCCGGAUCUCCACUUUCCUGCACAUUUCAAGCACUCCUGGGGUCUUACCUCUCCAGAUGAAAAAAUUCUGGCCUAACCCACGUUCUACUUUCUGCACCUCAGAAAUCAAUUCCAAGUCAGCCCGAGUCCUCCUCUUCCUGGUGGUCCCAGGCCACCUGAUUUUCUUCUAUAUCAUCUACCUGGUGGAAGGUCAGUCAGUGACCCACAGCAAGACCUUUGUGGUGCUGUACCUACUAGCAGGUCUGAUCCAGGUGAUAAUCUUGCUGUACCUGGCAGAAGUGAUGGUUCGGCUGACCUGGCACCAGGCCCUGGAUCCUGACAAUCACUGCAUCCCCUACCUUACUGGGCUGGGGGACCUGCUAGGAACUGGCCUCCUAGCACUCUGCUUCCUUAUCAACUGGAUACUGAGGGGCAAAGCAGAGAUGGAUGGCAUCUCAGAAGUGGCCCCUGGACCUCUGUGACUGAGCCCAGCAACUCCAGUGGCUCAUAAUCUUCACCCACAACAGGGUGCAGAAUACGGUCUCUCCCUUGCUGGUCCUCAGGAUGGUUUACAGGCUGCCUCUGCGGUGGCUAAGCAGACUCACACAAACCUGGGCUUGGGUUGGUACCUGAGCCCUGACGUCGUGAGCCUUGCUUAUGAGUGUGUGAAUGUGAGUUUGCGUGUAUAUAUGCAAAGCAGGGUAUUCUGCCCUGGCGAUGGCUCAGGAAAAGGCAAGUCUAGUGUGCUUUGCCAGGUGUGCGUGUCCUGGUUUGUGCCGUGCUGCCCAGAUUCAGAUAGAGCAAGAGGGAGCUCCUUUAUGUCCCCAAGUCUCAGGACUACGCCACGGCUUAACUGCUGUGCUCACUAGGUUCCAGCUCUGAGCUGCACUGCUGAUGGCCGUGCAGUGCGAGCUCCCUCCUCGAGCCAGGCUUCGCAUUCCUCUCCUGUGCUCUCAGCAUUUAAGUUUGUUGGUUGCUAUUUUCUUUUUAUUUACUUUUUUUGUGUGUUGUUGUUUAGCAUGACCUUCUGUUUAGGUUUCAGUGAUCAGAGAAGUAUAAAAUAAAACAAAUGAUAUUGUACUUGGGCUUUUGCAUCCUUAGACAUACUUAAUACAACCAGGAGACUUGAGAUCUCUGAGAAAGAACCCUGGCAUUUCUGUAGUUCGGUAUUUGUCAAACUGUGGUCUCCAGCCUGGAAGCAUUGACAUCACCAGAAAACUUGUAAGAAGCACAAGUUAUUAACCCCACCCCACCCCGAGAUGUGCCAGCUCUCGGGUGAUUCUUAGGCACACUCUGGAGAAGCACUGAUCCAGAACUUUGUCCUUUUUAAUGUAUUACUUAUUUCUUAUUGACACAUAGUAUUUAUGCAUAUUUAUGAGGAACAGUAUGAUUUUGGUUCGUGUCAUCCUUUUUUAGAAAAAGUUUGCUUAUAGCUUGUUACUUGUUAACACCUGUUAACAACUUUAGCCAUGGUUUGGGCUGAGGAUUAUUAUCUCCCUAUGGCAAAACAGGCAUCUGUUCAUUCAGGUAUCUUAAUUCUCCCAAGUUCUUAUGGCUAGUGAAUGGGGGAUUUGAACCAAGGCAGACUAGGUUAGACCCAAGCUAUGUGUACAGUAAAGGGGUUUGAUCAAGAGGGGAAAGAGUUUUCAUCUCAAGCCGAGAUUCAGGCAUGAGUAGGAGGGAAUCAGGCAUUGCUUGAGGAGGUCUCAGGGCAGGGAGAAGGUGGGAAUUAAAGCAUUUAAGGAGAUGGACUUUAUUAUAAGUAAGGGCAAAGCAGAACAGUGGGCCCAGGGGGGAAUGAAGCUUGAGUUCCUGAAACAAUCUCCAGUUAGAGGAGAUUGAUUCUGCAAUGGGGAGGCAGAGAAGAGAUUGUGAAAACAGAAAAGAACCAGAAGAGUAUUAUGUCCUCUAGACCAAAGAGGAAGAGUUUAUGGAAAGAGAGUCAUUGAGACCUAAGGCACCAAGGUCAUAAGGAGGUUUGUUGCAUUAAGGACAGGUGGCUCCUUGGUGAAAACUAUUGAGGAAGACUUAUAGACUAAGAGGCAUAUUAGUGAGGGAAUGAGGCAUGAGCUAGACCUUAUAAAGUGGAAAGAAGUAUUGUAGUAUGUUUGACCCUCCAAGAAAGGACAGGAUUUGGGUAGGAUUUGCUAUGAGGAAUUCUGUCAGAACCAAGACUGUCACUGAGUGUUCUACCAUGAAGGUUUGUUGAGUCCCCCACCACCAUUGGUUUUUUUUCAGUGGCCUUCUUGCCACAAAAUACAAGAAUUUC